CCUAUCCCACAAAAAUUCAAAUUCCAUUCUUCGAGAGAAAGAGAAAAAGAGAAGAUGUCAGGAAGAGGGAAAGGAGGGAAGGGAUUGGGAAAGGGAGGAGCGAAGAGGCAUAGGAAGGUCUUGAGAGACAACAUCCAAGGUAUUACUAAGCCUGCCAUCCGUCGUUUGGCUCGCCGUGGUGGGGUCAAGAGAAUCAGCGGUCUGAUCUACGAGGAGACGAGAGGAGUUCUCAAGAUCUUCCUUGAAAACGUCAUCCGUGAUGCCGUCACCUACACCGAGCAUGCUCGCCGCAAGACCGUCACCGCCAUGGAUGUCGUCUACGCACUCAAACGCCAGGGCCGUACCCUUUACGGCUUUGGCGGCUGAUCUGGAUGUGUCUGUGGACUGGUUGGUGGGAUCUCUGUAGGGUUUUGGGUUUUGAUGGUGCUGAUCAGCUGAUUGUAAAGAUUUGGGUGGGUCAUGUGUUUUUAGGGUUAGGGCUUCUGGAUGUUAAUGUUUCAAUAUAGCUUGAAUGGAGAAAUCUUGCUUUUUUCUUUUGGAUGAAAUGUUGUUUUGUUUGA